AUGAACUCUCACGAGUAUAAACUAUACCAUGAAUCGCUGAUGAAAAAUAACAAUGGUUCUAAUGCAGUCCAUACGUUCUUUUGCAUUUUCUUUACAGUUCAGUGUACUUUAUUGUGUUCCAUUCAAGAAAAGAAACUGUUGCCUUUGCAAUAUCUCUAUGAAUAUAUUGUAAUAGUUAUUCCUUUAAUUUUAGCACAUACUCUGCUGGCAGAAUAUAUUUAUCAUUUUAACAUUAUCAUAAUGAUAGUGUUACUUUACAAUAUUAUAAACCUAAACAUUCCUAAAAUGCUAGAUCUUUUAAAUAAUUCUAAUAGAAUAUCUAGAAAAAGAUUACAUACUAUAACAUCUUUGAGGGGGUUAACAUAUUUAAUAACUGCUGUAGCUAUAUUAGCAGUGGAUUUCAAACAUUUCCCACGCUAUUUAGCAAAAACUGAAAAGUAUGGCUAUAGUUUGAUGGACACAGGAGUUGGUUUAUUUGUUUUAAUGAGUGGCCUGGUACAUAGAGAUUUUCAAAAUGAUAAUUUAUUAAAAAUUUGUAAAAAUAACUUCAAAUUUAUUUCAAUACUUUUAUUGCUUGGUAUUGGAAGGUUUGUGUCAAUAAAACAAAUUAAUUACCAUGAGCAUGUGACAGAGUAUGGUGUUCAUUGGAACUUCUUUUUCACUCUAGCCUUUUGUAAACUUAUUUCAACCAUUUUCCUUUUAGCAUUAAAUAAACCUUUGUUAUUGAGUAUUAUUACAAUUUGUAUUCAUGAAAUCUUAUUGUAUAACAGCUUGGAAGAAUGGGUAUUCAAUGGUUCCCUUCGUUUAACACUCAUAGAUGCUAAUCGUGAAGGAAUUUCAUCUAACCUGGGCUAUGUCUGUUUAUAUUUAUUUGCAGUUCAUAUAAAAAAGUUGUUGCUCAAAGAAAAUAAAAACCCUUUAAAAAAAUUGGUCAGCUAUGCCAUAGCCUCAGUUUUUCUAGCAUAUCUUGUCAAUUUAUUCAGACCAACAUCAAGAACUUUAGCUAAUGCAGGUUACAUCUUAUUUUUAAUAUCUGUAUUGUUAGUCAUUCUAUCUAUUUUGUUAUUUUUUGAAAUAUGUCUAGAAAAUAAUAAAGUUUUUCAGUCACCGCUUAUUGUGUCAGCUAUAAACGAGAAUGGUUUAAUUUACUUUCUAAUAUGUAAUAUAUCAACGGGGCUAGUAAAUUUAAUGUUUCAAACAUUAUUGUUGUCAGCUGGCUAUACUAUUGUUAUAUUAAAUAUUUAUAUGGUAUCUACAAUAUUUGUUACAGUUUUAUUGAAUAAAUUGGACAUUAAACUAUAG